AUGUCUGAUCCGGGCAUUUCUGUGGCCAGCCUACAUGAACUGGUGCGGGGGUCUCAAUUACCGACGACUUUCGAGAAUGGGCUCAUCAUCCACGCCCGCUCAGCACGUCGCCGAGCUGCCCAGGAAAAAUGGAUCAUCAAAAAGAGGCUCGGUAGUGGAGGCCAGGCCUACGUCGAUCUCCAAGAGAGGAUAACUGAUGGAUCCGGCCCCCGCCAGCUGCGUGCCGUUAAAAAUCUCAAAAUACCUGACGGUCGUCGAGAGGGGAGCCGGGAGCUCUACCGACGUGAGCUAGAAGCCAUCGCGAAGUUCUCCCAAGCGAAGUACUCGUAUCACUUCGUUACCUCAUUUGGUUGGUUUCUUAGUUCACAAUUCAUCCAUAUCGCUAUGGAGUAUUGUGAAUUAGGGGACCUUGAUAAAUACCUUUGUAACCCUAGCAACUGUCCGGAUCGCCGAUUACCGGAGUUAGAGGUGCAUGAAAUCUCAUCCCAGAUCCUUGAGGCUUUAGAUAUUAUGCACCGGGAGUCAUUCUGCCACAGGGAUCUGAAGCCUGCCAAUAUUCUCAUCAUGAGCACAAGUCCUUCUUGGUGGGUGAAGCUAGCGGAUUUUGGUUUGACGAAAAGGAACGAGGCCACCAUGCCCGAAACCACAGCGAUACGUGGAACUCCAAACUAUAUGCCACCAGAGCUUCUUGGAUAUAACGGGAACGCAAUGAAGGCAGAUCAAUACGCUGUAGAUAUGUGGUGUCUGGGUCAAUGCGUCUUCAGACUCUUUACAGGAACACCCAUAUUUGCAAGCCCCAACCAUCUCUUCCAGUACUCCUACGGCUAUGAGAGCUUCCCGGAGUUGCCGUUGCAAAGACACGAUGCAAGCGAGAGUUUGAUUGAUUACAUCAAACAACUUCUUGCAGUUGAUCCCGCCAAACGUUUAUCCUCAGCGAACGCAUUGAACCAUGCUUGGGUCACAUCGGGGUACUCAAAUGACGAACCCCACCAUACAACAUGCUCUCAAGACUAUGUUACGCAGGAGAAUACAGAAGCUUCCGCAGCCUGGCCAGAUGAAUCAUCAGAUGCUGUGGAGCCUCAAGAGAGCAAACAAUAUGGUGCUCCACAUUCGCCUGAGCCUAGCGUGGAAGAGCCAUCAGCUGUAUGGCCUGAAGAUGAGCCUGCAGAAACUGCCUUCAGAGUUGAAAUUACUGAACCGGACCAAGAGAUCCCCCGCACUUUGGUGGAAGGAGAUUUGACCCCUACUUGGGAGGCAGGCGAGACAGUCCGGACCAACCUCAGCACCGACGGGCGUGGUCAAGAAGCCGAUACAAUUAUAACCGAUGAUCCAACACCUAAUAAGGUCCAGAUCGCAGAAAAUCACAAGAUUGCUGGGAAUGGGUUCUACGGAGGAAAGAACUUUGAUAAGGCUGUUGAGUAUAGCAAAGCUAUUGAACUGUUCCCCUCCUCGCCGACGUAUCUAGGCAACCGGGCUGCUGCCUUAAUGUCGAAUGGGAAAUAUCAAGAGGCUUUAAUUGAUUGCUUCAAAGCUCUACAGGUCGCCCCUGAUAGUAGAAAGCUACUCGUGCGUCUGGUUCGCAUUUAUACGUCACUUGGUGAGGCUGAUCAAGCUGUUCACUGGUUAACACUCAUAAGCAACCCUGACCCUACAGAGGAAGAGGCCAUGGCAGCAAAGGCGAUGCAUCGUGAUCAUAAGCUUGCGAUGGACUUAAUCGGACAGAUUGAAACGACUUCCAUUGAGAGUAUGCAGCUAGUAAUCAGCGCAUUGGACAGUGCCAGGAAGCAUCAAUCACCCUCAGCUUCCCUGCCUUGGGAUUGGCAGGUUACCCUGGCUCUAGCUCAUCUUAACUUGUAUGGCCUUGAGUUGGAUACAGAGAAACGAGCUGCUUCAUUAGGAAAAGCCGAAAGCGCAAUCGACUCAAUACGUGCCUCCGACAAGUACUACCAUAGUGAAGCAGUGUUCUUGUAUGGGCGUCUGUUAUAUUGCCAAGGACAAGAAGAGAAUGCCAUCCGAACGCUCGAGAGGGCAACUCGAGCCUCUUCUUACUGUUUAUCUGAGGAGAAGUGCGUCCCCUGCAGAGAUGGAAUUAGAUGGCUUGGUGUCGUGCGGGAAAUCUUUCAACUGAAAGAACAAGGGAAUAAUGCAUUCAAAGCACACGACUGGAUCACAGCCAAGGAUUUCUACAAUAGGGCGUUGGUGGUCGAUCCAACUAACAGAUUCACCAAUGCGAAGCUCUACCAGAAUAGAGCUCGGUGUUACAUCAAGUUGGGUUUCUACGAUAAAGCCAUCGACGACUGUACGAAGGCACUUGAUCUCGAUGCUACCUAUGUCAAAGCUCAAGCAACGAAGGCAACCGCUACUGGGCUGUCUGGAUAUUUAGGUGGAGCGUUGGAAGAAUGGAAGUUGGUGCGGAAAUUGAGUCCUGGGGACUCUCAGGCCAUCAACAAUAUCCGAAGCCUUGAAUCAGAGCUAGCUGAUCCCCAGAGAGCCGUCCUCGACGAAAGGAAGGCAAAAUACGGAGCGGACCACCCCUUGACUGUCCAGGCCAUGGAAGCCCUUGUCGACUCGCUGUGCAACCAGGAAUUACAUCAAGAGGCUGUGGUGGUCCAAAAAGAGAUCUUGGAGAUUGAAGUGAAGAGGGCGGGCACUAAGAAAGAUGAGAUUGUCCUCCGUCUCAUGGGCAAUAUUUGCUGCAACCUGUCUCUUGCGGAAAAGUACCAACAGGCGCUGCCAAUAUGUCGAGAGGUGUUUGAGUUGAGAAAAGAACACUCGGGCCUUGAAAACGCUGCUACUAUCGCAAGCAUGCAUGAUCUAGGCUCUGUCAUGGUAUCGCUUAAACAGUAUGCGGAUGCAGAGCCCUUGUUGAUAAAAGCCUUAUCUUUAUCCGAGAUGGCAAUUGAGGACACUGAUGAAAUCACGAUCGGAUGCAAGCAGCAUCUUGGCAUGAUAUAUAUUGAAGAAUCUAGGCACGAAGAAGCCGUCUUCCAUCUACGAGACGUACUAGAAUGGAAAAAGAGAUAUGACGGAGAGGAAGAUCUGGGAACAGUACGGGUAAUGCAUGACAUGGGGUACGUCCUCAAUCAGCUAGGAAGGGCUUCGGAGGCAGAGCCCCUCCUUCGAGAUGCUGUUCGAUUGAGAACUAAAGAACUGGGCACGAACCAUGAACGUACGCAAGACAGCGUUAAGGCUCUGUCUUCAGCAUUGGCUAAACUUUGGCUAUCAGAAUAG